AUGGACAGCGAGGGCACGUUGGGCCGCGGCCAUGCAAAUGGGGGCCGUGGGCUGCGCCGUCAGCGGUCCCUGGAAUGGAGAGAACGGCGCGGUUAUGGAGCCGGUGGCCAAUCCAGCAGCGAUGAUGAAGAUAACACACGUCACGCUGUGGGGCCCGUGUCAAGUUCAUCCGUUACAAGAGGCGCUCGUAGUCCUGGUCAGGUCUUUGCCUCCAUUUUGGCGCAACAAUAUGGCAAUGCGGGUGACAGAUCGUACCGUACAGGAUCUGACACGGAAGGCGCAGCAACUACGGACAACCCUACAACGCCAUUUCCUACGCCGCCCCCAACCUUGACACCGAAUCAUCGGCAAGCUUCUCCGUUUCCCCUCGAAAGCACAAACUCUCGCCGGCAUCAUUAUAACGGCAGCAUAUCUUCCGAGAGAUCUCGCAACGGCAAUGGUGAGACCGUUUACGCGGCGUCCACAAAAAAGACGACUUCCGGCGGCGGUACCUUAGGUCGAAGAACACGCCGAGGUCACGCAAGCGCCUUGAGCAGUAGCUCGACAGCGAGCGAUCGUUCCGAAACCGUCUUCCCCGACGAACACACUCGCAUGCAUCUCACCAAUGAUACUGGUAGGGAUUCCCCUCCGGAACCCGCGCCACCGGAAGUACCGCCACGUGGACCGUCUUUACAUGCGACGCAUACUUUACGCACGCAACAAAACCGAAAUGGUUGCCCACCAAAUGCAUCAGGAAGUUUCACUGUGCCAAGUGACCAAAUACCGACCGAGACGUAUUCAGAGUACUUGAUGUCAGGAAGUCCACGGAGUUAUCCAGCACGAUCCCCGGGGGUUGCUUCCACGCCAACCGUGACCAGAUUCUCGCAAGGGCUCGAACGAGUAAGCGGAUUUUUCGCUAGGGGCAGCAAAUCGGUCAGCCUUAUCGGUUUUACCUGGUGGCUGGGCUUUACGCGACUGAAUUAA